GGGAAAAGGUCCACUUUGGAUCAAAUUUGAUCUAGGUUUUUCAAAGUUAUAUUUAAAAGAAGUUACAUGCUAUGAUGUCAGAUUUGCAAAGUGCUCUUUUCUAAGAAGAAGAAGAAGAGGACCAGAAAGAAUGAGUGCAAUAACAGUUCUGUGGAAAAAACUGUCUGCUUUCAUAUUUUUCUUUAUAAACAUUGGAAAGAGACUGUUAUGUUUUCUAAAAAUUAGGCGACGGAAAAAUUCUGGGAAUCUUCUGCCUCUAGCCAAUCACUAUCCAUCGCCACCAGAUGUCACUCAUGCUGUGCCAGGAAAUGAGGCUGACUUGGAGAUGGAGGCCUGGGACUCCUGGGGAGUAGAAAACACCAACACCAGUGCAAAUAAAAACCAAACAAGUAACUAUAGUAACAGUAACCAUGCAGGUUACUAUGGAAACCGUAACCAGCCUGAGCCAGAACCAGAGCCAGAGCCGGACUAUUUUGCUGAUAUGGCCCCAGAGGUCAAGAAAACUGCAAAAAUUUUAGUCAAGAAAAGAGAAGAUUACAGUUAUACAAGUGGAGGAAAUAUGUCCAGCAGGCUUGCUAUGAAUUCUGUUAUUCCUACACAAAUGAGCCCAGAUCUAGAUGAAUGGCAAGAAGAGGAGAGUGGUUGGGAGGGGGAGGACCUGUCUUGGGAGGCCGACGCUGUCUUGAAGGAAAAGCGUCGCAUCGAGAGGGAAAAUAGGCAGCAAGAACAGCAGCGCAAAAAGAUGGAGCGUGAAGCGCAGCGGUCGAGAAAAGACAGUGGUUCAUUUACGGCAGUAAAACUGUCCUGAUGCAUAAUGGUUGAGAAGUGCUUCAAAACUGUGCUUUCUUCAAAUAAAAUGGGACGGAUUCAAACUUGGAAUUUUUACCAUUAAAAUUUCCAAAGUUUUUCAAGGCCAUGCUUUUUUAAUUGAAAUGGGGCAGAUUCUCUCCAGACUUGGUACUCUCUGGGUCUGCUCACACAAGGCCAUUUUUGACCUGACUUUGGUCCAACUUGUGUCAUCAGUCAUAAAUGCAAUACUACUUGCAUGUAGACUGUCACAUUAAGAUGUUAAAGAUCAGUUAGAUGUGGUAAUGGUUCAAUAAAGUUUGUGUUUAAACACCUAUACAUAACGAACUGACAUAUUUUCAUCUUUAAACAGAUAUUAUAUUCUGAAGCAUUUUAUUGUCAGUGCAUCAGUCUAAGAGAUCUCAGAGAAUAUAUGGCCUUGUAUCAAGCAACUGGUUUAAAGGACAUACGGCCCUGUAUUUAGACCCUGAGUUUCAGAGUUAAUUGGAAAUGGCAGAGGCAUGCUGGUAUGGUGUCCUGUUCCCAUAGACCCCUUCAGUCUAUGUAGAUCAAUCCAACUCUGCAGGGAAUGCAGUCUGUUUAACAGAUUAACAAGCCGCCUCUUGGCAUAAAGUAGAAUACAGAAAAAGCUUAUGAUUAUACUAAUAUGCUGAAAGUGAGGUGUGUUAUUCAGUUGAGCUGAUUGCUCUCAGCAAGAGUCUCCGCAGAGUUGGAUUGAACUAUGUUGAACAAUAGUUUCUAUGGGACUGGGGUUAUAGAGAUGUGAGUUGUAUUAAUCUCUGCAACGCGGGGGGGUAUCUAAGUGGGGGUAGGGAUGGUAAUUAAAUGGGUUUAGUACAAGUAUGGCUUACGGCUCUUGGGUGUGAAAACAUUAUUUAUGGUAUUCACUGCAAAUUAGUUGGACUAUUUAUUUAUUUAUUUAUUUAUGGGUUUUUUGUUUCUUUUUAUUUUUUGAUAGAGGAUCUAGAAGGAUGAGGAAUAAAAGUGUUUGAGAAAUGUUUAUCUUUGGCACUGUGCACCUGCACAGCUGAUGCAAUUUAUUUUCAACAAUUAAGCUAGACUGUGUAAUAUAGGCUAUUGCUU